CAACGCGCCACCCGCCAUGGCAUACAGCCCGCCGUCCGCUCCGUUGCUGCUGGCCGCGAUCGCCCUCGUGGCGCUCCGAGCCGACGCCUUCAGCCUCGUCUCCAAGGGCGCGUGCGCGGGGCGGCGCCUGGUGCCCAGCCAGCCCAACGACUGCGGCGAGGCUGACGCCUUGGUUCACAUCAACUUUCGCGUGGUGCGCGUCAACCGCACGCACUUCGGCCUCUCGGGCAACCUGCACAUCACGGGGCGCCUGUGCCAGCAACCGUCCAACCCGACCACGUGUCGCACCAUGGUCAACAUGAAGUCGGGCGACGUGUGCGACCGCCUGGACGAGAAGGGCUCCAUGUGGGACGACUUCAUGAGCCACCUGGAGGAGGUGGACGGCCGUCCUUUCCCGCGCACCUGUCCGAUGCUGCCUGGUAACUACACGCUGAGCAAUUACAUGAUGAAAGAGGGCGAUCUCUGCAUGCUGUACUCCUUCAAAGGCCAUUGGACCUACAAGUCAGAGAUAUCGCCGUCGGGAUGUUUCGCCAUGAACAUGGAGGUGGCCGAUGCCUAAGCUUUCGGCAGAUGUACGUUCGUGAGUCUCUCAAUAAAUGCA